AUGGCCAUGACCGUCACCAACUCCAAGGUGCAUGCCCGCAGGCAAAAGGUGUUCCGCUCAGUCUUCGAGACCCGGAUAUCCCAGCCCACGCCCUUGCUUCCAGCCACCGAGCCUGGGCAGCCCUUUGGAGGCCCCUCGGCAGCUUUCCUGGCCAAUACGCCCCGUUUGACGCACCCAGCAAACGAUCAGGUGCGCUGGGACCGGGCAUGGCAUGUCGUCACCUCACGUAUCCAGCUGCCCUCCUCCGUUGCCGCCGAGGACUCGUUUGGCACGCUGGCGCCGGACUCGUCCCAGGACGUCGAUGACGCAUUUCGAAGCUCAUUGUUGCUGGUCCUGAAUCCCGCCUCUGCCCUCCCGAACGCCAGCCAUACGGAGGACAUCCUCUCCUGGCACAGCCAGCAGGUGCGCCAGCACUUUGUGAAUCAUGUUCUCCCUCUCCUGGCCGCCUGUACCAGCCAGGGUGACCAUACGCAGGUCCUCCUGACCAGUAUACGCACCCUCGAGGCAGCCAACCGGCAGUAUCUGUACGGGUUGUCCCUCAUCCUACGAGCCUUCCGCGAUGAAGAUGCAGCAAAUGCUUCAGUUGUCAAGUUCCGGCGGGACCUACACGCGGUUAUUGGCAAUUCAUGGACACAGGGUCUCUUGGAUGCCCUCCGUGAUGUCUUCAACCGUCUUGCCACGGAUGUGCUCAGGGCCGGAGACAUGCAAGCCUCAAGCCCUGAACCAGAUAAGGAGGAGGACUCAGAGGCAUCGGAUUCCCGGGGCGAGCUUUUGGGCAUUCUCGAAUCCCUCAGCAAGGUCGGACUUGCAGGCGAGAAGUUCCAGACCCUAUUCGCUGAGGUCAUGAACUCAUGCAUGGAUGCUUUUAUUCAGAGAAACUAUGCUGGGGUAUGGACCAGCUCGGACGACUUUGGAGCUUCCACCGUGUCAACGGUCUUUGGUGGAUGCAUAGCACACCUCGGCGACUGGGUCGAGAAUCACUAUGCUCGCCUCACUGUGGAAGUAUUCAGUCGCAUGGGAUCCAAAAUCGAAUGGAGCGAUGUGGAGAUGUGGAAAAAUGUGGCCAUCGGCCGUCUUUCUACCCUUCGCAUCCAUGAGCUGUUCGAUAUUGUGUUGAGUUGGCCGGAGAGCAAGGGAGGCGUAGAAGACCUUCGCUCUGCCGUGACAACGCCGCAGCGCCGACUACAGCUUACCGACACUUUUUCAGCUGCAUUGCAAAAGAGAUUACUGCAGCCUGGUCGGUCUACACUAUACAUCUUGCAAACUUAUAUUUCAAUGAUUCGGACGUUCCAUGCGUUAGAUCACUCCAAAGUCUUGCUGGACAGAGUGGUCCAUGCACUCCAACUAUACCUAUGCCAACGAGACGACGCUAUCCGCAUUGUGGUCACAGGUCUAUUAUCACACCCCAAGGAAACAACUCCAGAAGAUUCUAGAGGGAAGCUCGUGGAGUUGGCCGCCAUCCUCAAUGAUGCCUCUCUGCAGCAACGGCGCCAUGUGGAUGAUGAUGACCUGGACUGGAACGACAUGCACUGGCUUCCAGACCCCGUAGAUGCAGGCGUAAAUUACAAGCGGCCCAAGAAUGAGGAUGUCAUUGGAACAUUGAUUAGUGCCCUGGGCUCUUCUGAUAUCUUCAUCAAAGAGUUCCAGUCUAUCAUCGCCACCAGACUUCUCUCUGGUCAGCCCAGCAUUCAGCAGGAAGUGAAGGUGCUCAGCCUUCUCAAGCGGAGGUUUGGCGAGAGUGCCCUGCAGAACUGCGAUGUCAUGCUCAGAGAUAUACAAGAUUCCAAGCGUGUGGAUGCUGCCAUCGGCAAGAGCUUGGAGUUACAACAAGACCAAGAUGGAAAUAGCAUUUCUUUCCAUUCCAAGAUCCUGUCCCGCCUGUUCUGGCCAAGCCUACCGAAAGAACCGUUCACAGUGCCGGAGACGGUUGCAGAAAUGCAACGGCAGUACGAGGCUUCCUUUGAGCACCUCAAAUCGUCGCGUAAGCUCAACUGGCUGGACAAUCUCGGACUGGCGACCGUUCACCUGGAGCUAGAGGAUCGAACACUCACAAUCGAGUGCAAGACUUACGAGGCAACGGUCAUCUACGCAUUUGGACAGGACGAGGCUGCUGAAGAGCAAGGGCCUGUUAAGAGAACGUUUAAUGACCUCUGGCAGAAGCUGAUGAUCGAUGAAGAUCUGCUCGAGGAAGCACUAGCCUUCUGGGUGUCACAACGAGUGAUCCGAGAUGUUGGGGAACAAACAUACGUCGUCUUGGAGAAACUCGAAGAUGAUGUGGAAAAUGCCGGCACGGACGCAGCGCAAGCUACGGGAGAGAUGGAUGGCGGCCCGCCGUCGCCGCGCAAGGCCAAGGGGAUGAGCGCCAAGGAACAGGAGCAGAGGGGCAUAUACUGGCAGUUCAUUGUGGGCAUGCUCACCAACUCGAGCCCUGCCAUGCCCCUUGCUCAAAUGAUGAUGAUGAUGAAAAUGCUGAUCCCGGACGGGUGCUCAUGGAGCAACGAGGAGUUGCAGGACUUUCUUGAGGAGAAAAUUGCUGCGGGCGAGCUAGAACUGGCCGGAGGCAAAUACAGGCUGCCCAAGAAGUGA